AACGUCAGCCUUCCAUCGAAACUAGUUGUAGCCCUUCGGAGGUUCAGCAUGGCGGGGAAUCCGAGUAAAAAUGACAUCACAGCGGUAUUCAAGCGUUUGCGGAGUAUUCCGACGAAUAAGCAAUGCUUCGACUGCGGCGCGAAAAAUCCUACGUGGAGCUCGGUGACCUACGGAGUUUUCAUCUGCAUCGACUGUUCAGCAGUUCAUCGCGGCCUCGGAGUUCACCUCAGUUUUGUGAGAUCUACCAACUUAGACACAACCUACUCCUGGGUCCAGCUGCGCUCGAUGCAACUCGGAGGCAACGCGGCUGCAUCAUCGUAUUUUGCUCAACAUGGGAUCAGUGGUCACCAAAUCGAUGCUCAGCAGAAAUAUAACAGCAGGGCCGCGGCUUUGUAUAGAGAGAAACUGCAUAACUCGGCAAUCCAGGCAAUGAAAACUCACGGGACAAAGCUAUGGAUUGACGAAUCAACCGACCCGGCUUCGCGUACCGACCUGGAUGGCAAAGAAGAGUCCUUCGAUUUUUUCGAAGAGCACUCUUCUCUCGAACCGAAGCAGCCGAAGGUUUUGGAUGCGCCCGAAGAAUCUCUUUUUAGCAACAAUGUCCUCAACAACAACAACGACGAUAUUUUUGGAAAAACCCAGCCCAAAUCCGAGUCAAGCAGCAUUCCAGAUAAUUCCAGAAGUUCAUUAGGGGCCAAGAAAAUCUCUGGCGUUCUCGGUGCAAGGAGGAUCGGUGGUGGCCUCGGAGCCAGGAAAGCUGGCGGCUUAGGUGCGCAGAAAGCUAGCGUAAACUUCGAUGAACUGGAAAGAGAAGCAAAAAUGCAGGAGGAACUCAAGGCCCAAAUGGAAGCCAAUCAGAAACUGCAAGUCGCGCAGACGAAAGAACAGAAGGAGAAGCAAAUAGCCAGCAUGCGCCUCGCGUAUCAAGAACUUUCGGAACAGCAGAAGAAAAAAGAGGAACAGUUCCGCACCCUGGAUCCGAAGAGGGCAGAGCAAGUGGAGCGAUUAGGCAUGGGUUUCGUCAGCGGUCAUGGAGUAUCUCAUUCCGCCAUGUCGGACAUGACCAUCAUCAGUCAGCAGGAAGAGCCAGAGAAGGCUUCGAAGAAGAAAUCCACAUUUUUCGAUAGCUCUGACGGCGAAUUCGAAAUUGUGAACUCGCUGAAGAGUCUCGGCUUCGGAGGCCCCCCGAAGUACUGCGACUCACCAUUCCCGAAAACGAACAAGAACGGCGAUUGGGAAGCUAGCGAUGAGUGGACGCUUGGACAGAAGACCGAGAGCUCCGGCGACAAUUGGCUCGAUGAGUUCGUAGAGAAAAGUGCGGCACGGAAAAAUUCCGCCGCAACGCCCGCAAGUGCCAAGACUACAUCUGCUGCUGCGAUCGCAACACGCCUGCCUAAAUCUGCGACCAUGGACUCGAUGACGGCCACAUCCAAAGUAGCUUCAGAGGAGGCUGUGAAGAAAUUCGCCAACGCGAAGUCAAUCAGUUCGGAGCAGUUUUUCGGUGGUGAUCACUCGAAUGACUUCGAGACUCGAGCGAAUCUAUCACGAUUCGAAGGUUCGAAUUCGAUCUCAUCCUCGGACUACUUCGGAGAUGGUCAAAACGCGGGAAGCUCCACAGGGUCGUUGUCGUCUCAUACGCCGAAUCUAUACGAGAUUAAAGAGGGCCUGCGAGAUGGUGCCACGAAGGUAGCCAGCAGACUAUCUUCGAUAGCAUCGGGUGUCAUGAGCAGUCUUCAGAAAGGGUACAAUCGGAAACAGUGAGGAGGAUAUGGAUGAGUGCUU